GGCACCCGCUCCCCCUCCGGCGCGCUCAGCCGCCUGGGGCAAGGGCUUCCCUGCCCUGGCCUCGUCCGCGCCCCUCUGCGCGCCCCCAGCGGGGCACCUCAAGUCUCCUCCAGCUGUGGCUUUCUGGGAUGGAUAAACUGAGGCCUGGAAAGGGGGAAAUUCUAGGCCAAGGUCACUUGUUAAAGGUAGAGCCAGGCUGGAACUACGCGUCCUGACUCCUAGCCAAAGCCUUUUCCAGCAGCUACCAGCCUGGAGACAUGCCCUCCAAGGGGAAGAGGCUCGCUCCCCCUCAGAACUGCCUUCUCAGAACACAUACACACUUUGGUAGGCUUGUCAAAUUCAACUGCAAAGACAGCUGGGGAAGAAAAGGAAGCUGCCUCACCCUGAACAAAGAACACAACCACCAAGCCUGCCAUUUGCACUGGAGAGGUUCAGUUUGCUUCCUGGACAUUUCUGAAAUGACUUGCCUUCCUCCUCAUUUAUUUUAAGCCCUAGGCGCUUUUCAUACCACGAUUUAAUCGUCUUUAGCAGCCUGAAAAAAUACAAAUCUAUUAAAGCCUAAAACCUAUCGGAUAAUCAGUUUUUUCCUUCCUCCUCCCCCAGAUCAAGAAGUGCCUGCACCCUGCGCCUUUCAUCCAGACUAAUCUGGCUGCAGUGACGCUUGUUCAAGGGGCGAUCACUUUGGAUAGCUUAUUACAUACAGCUCCUCUCACAAUACUCCUGGUGCGCAUGUCACAAGUCGAUAGGAUCAAGAACCAAGUCGGUUUUGCUCUCAGGGGCUCUUGGGGCCACCAGUCAAGACUCCUCCUCGCCUAUGAAUGAGCAGACAGGAUGAUGAAUGAGGUGAAGGAAUCCCUUCGAAGUGUGGAGCAGAAGUACCAGCUCUUCCAGCAGCAGCAGUUCACCUUCAUUGCUGCCCUGGAGCACUGCAGGGAGAAUGCCAGCGACAAGAUCCGGCCCAUCUCCAGCAUCGGGCAGGUGGAGGCUCGCGGGCUCACGGGCGGGCGGGGGGCAGCUUUAGAAACCCCUGCCCGAGGUCUGGGCCGCGGCACGGGAGUCCCUGGGGCAGGGCUCAGCCGGCCCCUCUUGCCGCCCUGCAGGUGCCCUCCCGACAUGGCGAACUACCUCAGCUGCCACGAGGCCAGGAACCACUGUGGAGGCGUGGUCAGCCUCAUCCCCAUCGUCCUAGACAUGAUGAAAGAAUGGGUCGCCCACUCGGAGAAGCUGCCCCGCAAAGCGCUGCAGCACGUGAGUGAGCCCCAGGCCACAGGCACCCAGCCUCGGCUAAGAAAAGACAAGUGUGGGUAACCGACACAAGACAGACUCAAACCUAUAGGGGCAAAACAGUGUUCAAAACCGCCCUGGAGACCAGCUGGUGGGAAACUGUAACUCAGCUGGUGACCUGCUUGAUCCCAAUCCCAUCCUGUCCCAUCCCGUCCCGUGGGGUACUUUGCUACUAAGCUUGGUUUCCACUAGUUGAUCCAUUUUCACUGGUGCCCACAGUCUUUGCCACUUACUAACCCCCAAGGGGACCGCCCCACGUAUGACUGAGAACCUCUUUUCCUCUCGUGCUGUAACUUCUAACUUUUCCUCGCCUCUGAGCGUCAGGCUCCGUACUGAUGAAGAGGACCCUCACUUAGUGUUGCCUGUAGAGGGUGUCCCGGGGAGGCCGGGAAAGGGCUAGGGCACUGACUGUCCCUCCCAGGCCCAGCUUUCCCAGCUGAGCCGUGCAGCUGGAGGAGGCCACUCAGCUCCCUUCCCGCCGCAGCGGCAGCCAUAGGCGAGACGCCACUCUCUGCAAGACAGGGCUGCUCCCGCCUCCCGGGAUGCUGAGGGCAGCAUGUUGAACUGCUCAGUGUGAUCAGGUCUCUGGACCAAAGCCCAAAGGGGAACGAACCCACCUUGCCUCUCCUUUACUUGGGAGAGACUGAGAGAAGCCGGAAGAAUUGAUUUUGUGGUUCCCGUCCGAGGACAGUUACCUGGUUUUCACAACAUAAUUGAGGCCCAGACAUUGUAAAAUGCGUCACUGGCUUCCGAGCUUGCCAGAAGUACUGUCUGACUGUUGGUUUUUGCCUCUUCACAGGGGGCGACUUAGCUUCUGUAUUCUUGCUUCCUAGGGGGCGACA